CUCAUCUUUUUGUACAGGAGUAGAAUUCCUCGGGUGAAAUUUCUUUUUCCUUCUCUUUUUGUGCUCAGGAGUGUCACUGAAGUGGGAAGACCGGGAAAACGAGAGGACUAGAGGAGAAAGAUGGAGCCCAUAUCUUUAGAUGGGGCUGCAACGGUGGAGGAGCUGGUGGAAGUGUGCAUCCAAGCCUUCGAUGAGAAGGGCGCUUUGAAGGACCCCUCCGUAGUGCGCAUGUUCCUCAUGAUGCACCCUUGGUACCUCCCAUCCACCGACAUGGCUAAGAAACUACUGCUCAAAUCACAGGAGGAGAGCUGCUCUGCUGAACGCAGGACAAGAAUCUGCCACCUGGUGAAGUACUGGAUUUCGGAGUUCCCGGCAGAGUUCAAUCUGAACCCAGAGCUGGCAGAGCAGAUUAAAGACCUCAAGGACAUAUUGACCACCGAGGGGAACGAGCGCCAGAGUCAGCUCAUCGACAUCGACAGUGUACCGUCGUACAAAUGGAAGCGUCAGGUGACCCAGCGGCAACCCUCUAUGUCCAAGAAGAGGAAGAUGUCUCUGCUGUUUGACCACCUGGACUCCUGCGAGCUGGCCACACACCUCACCUACCUGGAGUACAAGUCCUUCUGCAAGAUACUGUUCCAGGACUACCACAGUUUUGUGAUGCAUGGCUGCACGGUGGACAACCCCAUCCUGGAGCGCUUUAUCACCCUGUUCAACAGUGUGUCUCAGUGGAUCCAGCUCAUGGUGCUCAGCAAGCCCACUGCCCCCCAGAGGGCAGCAGUCAUCUCCCACUUCAUCAGGGUGGCUCAGAAACUGCUCCAGCUUCAGAACUUCAACACUCUGAUGGCGGUGGUGGGGGGGCUCAGUAACAGCUCCAUAUCUCGCCUCAAAGACACCCAGUCACACAUCAGCAACGAGACCAACAAGGUGUUCAACAGCCUGAUCGAGUUAGUGACGUCUUGUGGUAACUACAGCCAGUACCGCCGCCGCUUCUCCGAGUGCACAGGCUUCCGCUUCCCCAUCCUGGGUGUGCACCUCAAGGACCUGAUUGCCGUGCAUGUGGCACUGUCUGACUGGGCUGACCCGGGCAAGAGCAGGGUCAACCUGGCUAAGUGUCAACAGCUGUAUGCCAUCCUCCAGGAGCUGGCGCUGAUCCAGACCACACCACCCACCAUUGAUUCCAACACAGACCUGCUCAGUCUACUCACAGUGUCUCUGGACCAGUACCACACCGAGGAGGAGAUCUACCAGCUGUCUCUACAGAGAGAGCCACGCAGUGCUAAACCAGCAGACUCUGGCCCCGCCCCCGCCUCCUCCCCCAAGCCCUCUAUGAUUGACGAAUGGGCAGCGUCGGUGAAGCCCAAAGCCGACCCUGCGGUCAUCAACAAACACAUAGAGAAGAUGGUGGACUCUGUCUUCAAGAACUUUGACACGGACGGGGACGGUCACAUCUCCAGGGAGGAGUUUGAGAUCAUCAGGGACAACUUCCCCUACCUCAGCAAGUUUGGAGAACUGGACAAGAACCAAGAUGGGAAGAUCAGCAGAGAGGAGAUGAUUGACUAUUUCAUGAAGGCCAGCUCUCUGCUCAACUGUAAGAUGGGCUUCAUCCACACCUUCACAGAGACCACCUACGUCAAGCCCACCUUUUGUGAACACUGCACUGGCUUUAUAUGGGGCUUCUACAAACAGGGAUACAAGUGUAAAGCUUGUGGAAUUAACUGUCACAAGGCGUGUCAAGGUCGUCUGGCGGUGGAGUGUCGUAAACGGACCAAGAGCAUUAGCCACGAGCACGCCCCCUCCCUUCAGGCACGCUCCUACAGCUUCCCCCCUCCGGCCAACAGCCCACCCAGCCUACAGAACACAGUGAUUGUAGAGGAAGACCAAGAGGCUGUGGAGGAAGGAAUGUUUGAUAUCCAUCUAUAACCAGAAGUAUGCAUUCAGCCUAACACACAGCUGGGAGGAAACAACAGAAGAUGUGAGCCAGAAGCACACCCUACUAUGGCGGCCUUAGUGCUGGAGUCUGUUCAGAAGGGUGCAAUCUGUGAUCUAGAACAGACACGUUUCCCUCUUCUAUAUGACAGACAAUCAUAUCUCCUCUACGUAAUGGAUUUCUGAGUCUGAACAUUGCAUGCAGAAAUGUAAUGAAUAGAGCAGACACCAUUCCCUCUUCUUUGAUAGACAAUCAUGUCUGCUCUCUUCAUUCCAUUUCUAUUUGCAACGUUCAGACUGCCUCGGAUAGAAAUCCAUUACGUAGAGCGGAUAAGAUUGUCUGGUGUGUAGAAGAGGGACUGGUGUAAGCUCUUCAUUCCAUUUCUAUCUGCAAUGUUCAGCGUGUUUCACAUCACUGACUGAACACCUCCGGUGAGACUUCCAGAGAGAGAGAAGAAAUUGCACUGAACCCAACACAGGAUACAGACAUGCUGCCACAUGGUGGACAAAGACUGCAACUGCAUAUCUUCAAGCACUUAAUACUUCUUCCUCUGUGUAUCUCAACUCCCUUUAAACAAGUGAACGUGAUUUUUGACGCAAAUGUCUUUCUAUGUUAAAUCUGCAUUUUAGAUUCUGGAUAUGGGCCCAUGUUUUCACCUCUUACAUAGUUUUAAGCACUGAAUAUAGGAAAAAAACAUCCACAUAAUUGUAUUUUCAGGGUAGAGAUGUCAUCGGGUUAGUGUAAUGUUAUUGCCUCCAAGUUUCAGUGGUGUUGUGUUUUCAGUGCAUUUAGCUGUACGUUAUUCUAAAUUACUAACCUAAAUGUCUCUCCAAAAUACAAGAGGUGCUGUUAUUGCCAAGAAAGAAUGUAUAGGCUAGAUGCCACCCGGACUUCCGUCUUUCUGAGAAAGCUUUGCUUUUGUCUUUGUAGUUUGUCAUCUUGUUGAUAGCGAAUUGUAUGAGAGAAAUUUAAAACACCAUGUGUUCGAUGUCCGAGAUGAACUGUUUCAGCUCCCAAUCUAACUGUUGACUGCAUUCCUGGAUUGGGAAUCUCACUUGGAUCUAUCUCAACAGCGACAAUAUCAACAACUCAAAUGGACUGUGGAAAACUCCAGAAUUUGAAUAUUAUUUGAAUGCAGUUGAAUUUCCCACCCUCCUAUUACCUGAAUAUUAAUGACUGUCCUAUGGUAAUUUGACUGUGGUGCGUAAAGUAUGGUAUAUGGUCAUGAUGCUGGUCUGUCUCAGUGCAUGGGCCGUUGUACAUUUCCUCUCUAACUUUGAAUGUAGUUUGAAACAGUGAAUAUUAUAUAUCGUCCUGAGAUUUGAACUCUAUUUUAUGAGACAUGUUAAAACCUGUAUUUUAUCCUCCUGAGACCCAGUUUAAAAAAGGGAUGGAAAAAGGUGUUUUGUGGAGAGAAAAAAAUUGUACUAAGAAAGUAAUUUGAACAAAUAUUGUUUGUUAUUAUUUGAUGUGCACUGUAGUGGAACUAACCGGGUGAUAGUAAAUAUGGAACAAUACAGUAAGUAAAAAGCAUAGUUUUUAUGUCCACUACAGAGGACUUUAAUGAACACGCUCUUAUUGUUUAUUUUUUUUAACCAAGGAGAGAAGGUUAAAGGUCACACCCUCAUACAUGUGAUCUCAUUGAAACUCCCAUAAUGUCCUCUCAAAGGUAGAACAGGACAUAAAGUAACUGACCCGUGAUUCCAGAUGUAUAUGAAAUAUGAUUAAUUACAAUAUGAGUAAAAUAGUUUACCUUAAAAAAAAAUGUAAUUAAGGUAUGUUUGUUUAAAAUAAGAUUUUCUGUGUAAGAAUGGUGUGGCCGUUUACCGGUCGUAAAAAAAAUAUGAAUGAACAUAGAUCGCUGAUUGGCCAGCUCAUCUUCCGCAGGAGUAUGACAUCAUAAGCUGAGGAAAUAGCAUGCAUUUAAAAAAAAACACUUUUGUUUGAGAUACAAAUUUUGAGGUGGGGUUUUUGAAGUGUGUUUUUCUACAAUUUAUGCUUUGGCUACAUACGAGUAUAGGACAAGUCAACUACAUUAUUUGGAUAUGAGUUAACAGAAUAUUAACUUUUAAAUGUUUUUUUAACUGGACAUUUACUUGUGGCAUGUAUGGCCUCUGAGAUAAGGACCAAAACUUAAUGUCCAUUAGAGUGGAUAAAAAUGAAUUGCUGGGCAUUAGGAUAUCAAAUAUGCUUCUUAUUGCUUCGAGGUGAUCCACUCUUGCCAAAUGUCUUUUCUGUUGAGUGUAUUUUUAUGUAGCACGCAUAUAUAUAUAUUUUUUAUGGCAAUAUAAAAUCCUAUAGGCGAGUGUCCUAAAUGUAGUAGUUUGGGGUCUAUAAGAGCCCCACAGUGGAGGUGUCAUAAUACCCAUAAAAC